AUGAUUAGUUUUUCUCUGUUUAUUAUUAUUUCUACACUGAUAUUUGCCAUUUUACCAACAACCCAGCAAAUUCAAUGUGGAAAAAAUGAAACCCCAGUGCGCUGUGUUGAACCGUGCCAACCCUCGUGCUCUUGGGUCAAUCGACCGAAGUGUCCAACAUUUGCUUGUUCACCAGGCUGUGAAUGUUCGCCAGGAUAUCUUCGUGAAACAAAUUCAACAAGUAGUCUAUGUAUAAAGUGCAAUCAGAAAAAGAAAUGUUCCGUGAACGAACAGCUGUCAUCAUGUGCUAAUCCAUGUCAACCUUCAUGUUCUUCGAAAAAUCGUCCGCCUUGUCCAACAUUUACUUGUUCACAAGGUUGCGUGUGCCGAAAGAAUUUUUAUCGAGCAACAAACGACACUAACAGCCGUUGUAUUCGGUGUUAA